AUGCGAUCGCUCGCCCCGUGCCAUGAGGCGGCAUCUCGUUUUGCCUCUGGCAUUCUGGCUGUAGGAAUGAGCGCUUCGCACCAGUCGGUGCUGAAACCAGUAGUCCUGGAGCCAGUGGCCGUGGAUCCGCUAGCCGCGAAGCCGUUGUGCAGGAAGUCGUCGCUUGUUGGUGGCGAAACAGGGGGCUCUAGGGAGAUGGUUUAUUGGCAUAACGGUUGCAGCGGUCUGUCAGCGUUUGCAGUCAAGGGGCGCGUUUUCCAGACUGUCGGCAACGCCCGUGCAAUCUUGGGGGAGUUGCUCUCGGAAGAGGAGUGGAAUAACUUAAAGCGAACUACGGAGACGGAUUUGUGGAAGUGUCGGCUAAUCUAUGUGGAGCUUGCGUCAAUCAUUUCUUUGUUUGUCGAUUGUCCUUUUGGCGGCGUCACAGAAAGAGCGCAGAAGACAGUAGGCGAGUGGCUGCAAGGGGCCGGCGGACGAAGGAUCCAGAACAACUGGAUCACCGGCUGCCUGCUGCAGCGUGCCGGGGUCUCUACGAAGAAAUUAAUUGACUUUAUUGUUGACGCUCUGGGGUACGUGCCGGCGAAUUGCGCGGCGUCGCUCGAGUGUCUCAACAAAUGUGAAAUGCGAUACAGCAACUACGUCCGUAGGGUAACUACGAAGGACCGAAGGGAGUUGCUGCUCGAGCGAGAAAGGAUUCUGCCUGCGGCGAAGAUUACAGUAGCCGAAUUUGUCGAAGAGAUCGGGUGUGCCGCGAACUGUCCCACUGGAGGUGGACGGGCAGGGCCUAGACGACUAAACUCUCGUUUGGAGAAACUGGCUGGUCCUGUAUACUGUCCGGGCACCGGCAGUUUAGAAAGGUCCGUACGCAACAGUGUGCCCGGUACACUCUUGCUACACGAAGUAGGUGCAAGAGCAGCCAAAUUGCUGGAGGGCCGUGUGGAGAAGUUGUUGGUAAUUGAAGACGAUGAUUUCAAGACAUGCAGUCUGGACUAUGCGGAGCUCGGAACUGUCAUUGAUAAGUAUGUGCGCAACGCUUUUGGUGGAGUGUGUCGACGCGUUCUGAAUAAAACGGCCACCGCCAUGGAGGAAGGUACCAGAUCUCGACGAGUCAACGGGUGGAUAUCAGCGUGCUUAUUGCAGUACGCAGAGGUACCGAUUGAAGAUCUAGUCGACUUGUGUAUCCAAGAACUGAAGCACAGGCCGCCGACUGUCUGGAGGCUGGAUUGUCUCAAGGGGCAUAGUGAUCUGUACAGAGCACGCCAGAGAAGAGGGAAUGUGGAACCGAAGACUCGUUUCCUUAAACUUUUAUGCGGCCUUCGGGAGAAGAUCUCCGUCCCCCAGUUCAAGCGACUGGCUUCCUUGACCGUACAGGCACAAGCAGAGUUUCUUUUCGAGCGCUACUCUGCAUUUGUAUCAUCUGGUUACAGAACUGUCCCAGAUGGCACAGCUCCGAAUGCAACAGUCCCAACUGCAACAGCCCUAGGUCCAACAGUUCCAAGUGCACCAGGCCGGACGGUCCUCGACCCUGAAAUGAUGUACUGUCACCCCGACGACCUCAUUGAAUUUCUUCAAUGGGUGGAGUCUGGCCACUAA